GGCGGGAACCCGCCGCCUCCGGAUCGCCGACACUCUCCGCCACCCCCCCCGCCUCGCUGUCUCCCCGCGGGGCUCCCUCGGACCGCUCCCACCGGCCUUUCCCUUCGCUACCCGAGCCAGGAUGUCGGAAAAACGCGUCGAGGAGGCGCCGGCGGAGCUGAGCGCUAAGGAAAUGAAAGAAAAGAAGGAAAAACUUGAGGAGAAAACAGUCCACAAAGAAAAAAAGAAGGAGAUAGUAGAGGAUGAGGAAAAUGGGGCUGAAGAGGAUGAGGAAGAGAAUCCUGAUGAUGUGGAUGAAGAAGAAGGUGGUGAUGAGGAUGAAGAAGGAGACGAGAAUGGGCAAGAGCAGGAUGGUCACGCAGAAAAACGAUCCGCAGAGGAGGAAGAGGAUGAAGUGGAUCCAAAGAGACAGAAGACAGAAAACGGGUCUUCAGCUUGAGUCCUCCCCUCCCAUCUCCUCUGUUCCGUCCAUCUCUCCU